CUAUAAAGUCGAAGAAAAAACGGAAAAAAAACUAAAAAUGGGCUCAAUUUUUCGGAGCGAGCCAAUGUCCUUGUGCCAGUUGUACAUCCAACCAGAGGCUGCAUUUUUGUCACUUUCUGAGUUAGGAGAGCUUGGAGUCGUUCAAUUUCGAGAUUUGAAUUCCGAGUCGAGUGCUUUGCAGAGGAGAUUUAUUACGGAAGUUCGUAGAUGUGAUGAAAUGGAAAGGCAGCUCAAUUUCAUCCAAGCUGAGCUCGAAAAGGAUGAAAUUGCGAUCCCAGCUGUUACUGAUGAUAAUCCACGUGCUCCGAUGCCGCGCGAAAUGAUCGAUCUUGAAGCACAAAUUGAACGGGAUGAAGAGGAAAUUAAGGAACUUUCUGCGAAUGCGUCGCAAAUGGAGCAGAGUUUUCUUGAGUAUACGGAAUUUAUUCAUGCGUUGGAGAAAUCGAAGGAUUCUUUCAACCACACCCAAACCGACGCCUUUGACGAGCCCAUCGAAGGUCCCUUAGACUUUGUCGUUGGUGUCAUGAACCGCGAACGCUUCCUCAGCUUCGAACGAAUGAUUUGGCGCAUUGGUCGUGGUAACAUUUUCGUGCGUCAAAUUGACAUCGAAGAGCCUUUCAAGGACCCAAAAACGAAACGCGACAUCUACAAAAUCGUCUUCGUCCUCUUCUUCCAAGGCGAACAACUCAAAUCCCGUGUCAAAAAAAUUUGCGGCGGCUAUCAUGCCACUUUGUAUCCCGUGCCGCACGAGCAAAAAGAGUGGAACGAAGCUUACAGCGGCGCCAAAAUCCGUCUUGCUGACUUGACGCUCGUCAUAAACCAAACAAAGGACGAGCGCAAAGUAAUUAUGAGCAAUAUUGCGCGAAAUUUGAUCCGUUGGCGCAUCAUGGUGAAGAAAAUGAAGGCAAUUUAUCACACGCUGAACUACUUUAACAUGGAUUUGACGAACAAAUGCAUGAUUGGCGAGUGUUGGAUUGCCACAAAUGACAUCCCGAAGGUGCAAGACGCCCUAAUUCGCGUGUCAAGUGCUUCGGAUAGUGAAGUGAAGUCAUUUUUGCAAACGAUAAAAUCCGCCGAAGUACCUCCGACGUUCAUGCGAACCAAUAAAUUCACGCAAGGCUUCCAAAAUUUGAUCGAUUCGUAUGGGCAUGCGUCUUAUCAGGAGGUAAAUCCAGCUUUGUACACAAUAAUUACCUUUCCGUUCCUCUUCGGGAUCAUGUUUGGUGAUGUCGGGCACGGAAUCAUCAUUUUUUUGUUCGCCCUGUGGAUGGUUUUGUUCGAAGAACGUCUCAGCAAAUGGAAAGCCGGCGAAAUUUUCGACAUUUUCUUCGGCGGGCGGUACAUUAUCCUCCUCAUGGGCAUUUUUGGGAUGUAUGCCGGCUUCAUUUACAACGAUUUGUUCUCAAAAUCGAUGAAUAUUUUCGGAUCCCAGUUUUACGUGAACCGAAGUUUGACGGAAGUUGUGCGAGAUGGCAUCGAAGUUCAGCUGGAUCCGCGUUUUGAGUACUCGGGAGACGCUUAUCCGCUCGGAUUGGACCCCGCAUGGCAAGUUUCGACGAAUAAAAUCAUUUUUCACAACACGAUCAAGAUGAAACUUUCGAUAAUUAUCGGAGUUUUGCACAUGUUGUUCGGCGUUUGCAUGAGUUUGCCGAAUCAUUUCCAUCUGAAGCGCAAAAUGAACGUAAUUUUGGAGUUUAUUCCGCAAUUUUUGUUCCUGGUCUGUCUUUUCGGGUACAUGGUGUUCAUGAUUUUCUUCAAAUGGACCACGUACGGACCUCAUAUGGCCGAUCCGCAAAAAGGAAGUAGUUGUGCGCCAUCGAUUUUGAUUUAUUUUAUUGACAUGAUUCUGCAACGCGAGACAAAAACUACGAUCGAAGGGUGUACGAAUGCUUGGAUGUACGAGAAUCAGCAAGGGAUUCAGCAAAUUUUGGUUCUUGUGGGACUUUUGUGCAUUCCGUGGUUGUUACUGGGCAAAAUACUGUACGUUUGGUACUUGAACAAGAGCGGCGUCAAGGAUCACAAUUAUGGGCAUCCGGGAGAACCGAUGUCGGAAGUGGCAAUUUAUCAAAUUAUUCAUACGAUUGAGUAUAUUUUGAAUUGUAUUUCGCAUACGGCGUCGUAUUUGAGGUUGUGGGCGCUGUCUUUGGCACAUUCACAAUUAUCUGACGUUGCAUGGGGACAACUCUUCCAAAUCGCCCUAAAAUCCGGAUUUCCUGUCUUAGGACCCCAAGGUGUGAUGAUCUUCGUUCUGUUUGGUGCCUGGGCUGCAGUUACGGUAGCAAUUUUAGUCACAAUGGAAGGUCUUUCUGCGUUUUUGCAUUGCUUGAGAUUGCAUUGGGUUGAAUUUAUGAGCAAAUUCUACGAUGGCAAGGGAUAUCCAUUUGAGCCAUUUUCGUUCGACACCUUGAAAGACGAAGACGAAGGUCAAUAGUAAAUUAUGGCUUAAAAUAGUGUCACAAAAAUAUGAGUUUGUUGUAAUAAAUAAUCAAUUGAAGUUGUUG